AUGUGCUUGAAAACAGUUAAUUUUUUGUCCGGAAUUAUCAUAUUAUCAUACGUAGGUGAGUACUGUGGCAGCGUUUCGAAUGAACAGUUACAGUAUGCGUCGUGUCUGCUCCGCUGUGGUAUAAAGUACGGAGUGUGGACAGAAAGAUUACUGCUCAAUGGUGACGUCGAUACGAGCAUCUUCACUCCUUCUGGAAGAAAUGACUUUAUAAUGUGCAAAGUGGGCUGCAAUCUACCAAAUUUUAAUGAAAAUUUUUCGUUACCUUUCAGUGUAGGACAACAAUUCUUCUUGAGUAGCUCUAAUCAAGGAGAGUUAUUCAAACCAGCUCAUGCUGUUGAGAUUUUUUGUCGCGACGUUUUCUCCAGUUCUUCUGGCACCACUGCGAAUAUCAGUGUCAGUAUUACGGUGGAUAAAGCUAGAGAAACCUUGUAUAUAAUUGAAGUCAUUGGCGCUGCUCAUGAAGAUAAUCCUAUGAAGGAGCGAGUCGUAAGCGUCGAAUACUCAUUCCAUCGCGAAAUUACCUUCCAGCUGAGCGAAACAGAGGGUAUUUAUUACUACAGGAUAGAGGUCACUGUGCUUAAUUUAUUAGGCGUUUCAUCAAGCUCUGUGGAGAGUCGUUGGUAUUCGUCGAAAGAGUUGUUUUCUCGCAUGGUCCCACUUCUGCACUUGUUUGUUCUUUCGGAGCAUUUAGAAACUGGAUUUCCUGCUGUCGUAUUUGGUUGGAAGGUCGACAAACUAAAUUUACCAUUCUGUUCGUUAAUGGCUAAGUGGGUGGCAGACGGCUCGUCUGGACCUCCUGGUCAACUUUCUUUUGCUGUGGACCGAACAACUUCAUUUACGUUGUAUGGGUUGCGAUUUAUGCACGAUUAUACAAUAGUUCUUUUUUCACAACCUAAAAUCGGUUUUGAUGUUCUGAGUGAAAAAUUUCAUUUUCGGACUUCACAUUGUGAAACUUUGACGGAUGAUAUUUCUCUUUGUCCACCUCCUUCUCCUACUGGUAUUGAAUGGCGUCAGAAAGACGAGUCUAAGGCAUUCAUUGGAUGGAACUACGACUUCAGUAAAAACAUCUCCCUCAGGUAUUUUGAAGUAAUCGUGUCGUCUAUUCCUUCAAAAGACAAUGACAGCUGCACUGAUCUGAAAAGAGUGAAACUUCAUGUGCCAUCGAGAGUUCGUUCAGUUCAAGUGGAUAUACCAGAAUUCUGCUGUAGUUAUACAGUUCGAAUUACGGCUGUCGAUCAAAAUUUUGCACAGUCAGAUGUGGCUCAGCAUAACACUGUUGGCUGCGUAGAUAAGAAGCUGUAUACCCUGGGGCUUCUUAGCUUUUUCGACGACUACGGCUGGACUCGAGGUUUCCAAGAAACAUCAAGCGGUAUCGUACAUCAGGCAGAACACGAAAACGUUUCGCCUCUGGUCACCCUUCCGGAAGGGCAGUCAGCAUCAUGCUCUCCAGUUAGGUUUUUCUUCUCUAAUCGUCUGGUACCACUUAGUUCAGUCAGCGUGCCAGAGCUUUCUCCGUGUGUGCUACCGGAAGAAAUCAUUGUCGUUUCAUCAGACGUUUUUAUGCCCUCGCUGAGCCUUGAUGACUUUAAGUCACAUCCUAAUGCAAAAAAAAUAAAAUUUGUUUCGACAAACGAAGUUUCAUUUCAAGAGGAACUUGGAAGUGGUAGUUUUGGCCAAGUUGUUCAUGCGAUCGUUACUGGGAUGAAUGUAGCUAUUAAAGUUGGUAUGUUGAGUGUUCAGGUUUGUGGGUUGGCCUUUGAAUAUUGUGGUGGUGGCAAUUUAAAAUCUUUCUUAAAAAAGUCGAAGGAGGCUUUAUAUGGUACCGUUAGUGCAACAGCUUGGAGUCCGUUGAAGGGGGAUGAUGCCGAGGAGAGAACUAUUGACCCUGCCGAAUCGUACAUAAGAUUUGUAGAAGAACUUGAGAGCUAUGCCCAGCAAACUGCAGCAGCUAUGGAAUACAUUAGGGAACAUCAAUUUGUUCAUCGCGAUAUUGCAGCUAGAAACAUCCUCUUAAAGUACGAGUACAGUAAUAUAUUCAACUUCCCGCGCGGACAGCACGUCAAAAUUGCAGAUUUUGGUUCUGUUAAGUUUAUCCAACCGACACAUUUGCAUUUAUUUUACCUUUACGGUAGUGAUAUUCACUUGACUUAUGCAUCUAGUAUUUAUCGUGAAGAUGGUUGUAGAAGUCGUAGAAUGCUAAUAAGGCUUUGUCUUUAUUUAAACAGAUCAAAUGCUACUGUACAGGAUCAUGAAUGUCGCCUUCCUUUCAAAUGGUUGCCAUAUGAAUUUUUUACUGAAAACAAGUAUGGUUUCGAGGGAGAUGUUUGGGAGUAUGGUUGUUUUUUAACGGAAAUAUUUACGCUUGGUGAUGAUCCGAGCAUUGUAGUACAAAUUGGCAACCAGACCCGUCCUCGCGAUGAUUUGGAGAAAUAUUUAGAAGGUCUUUCGUCUGGGUUUCCUUGGCUGUAUGUUGAAGUUUAUAUGAUUGUUCACUUUUUAGUUUUUUUAACACUGGAUCAGUUUGCUUGUUCUUUACUGGAAGCAUCGUCCAGUGCGUGA